GCAGAGCAGCACUCCGUAGAUUACGCCUCGGCGUUAUUGGAGAAAGUUGUGGGUUUAUUUUGGUUACUUCGCACCAGGCUAAUAUCGACAUUUUCCCCCCUGAAAAAUCACUGAAAUGUUCAGUUUGCCUCAGCUAAGGUUGGUGCCUCCUCAAAUCCUGGAGCAAAUUCACAGCACAGCUUGUUGUGACUGUGUGAGGCAGAGUGAACGGCGGAGACGAGAGAGCUCAGCAGAGUCUUGUGGAAACAGCAGGACCGCGUAUCACUUGGCCGAGAGAUCGAUGCACUUACGCUGAGCCACACAAGAAGGGUGAGCAGCCCGUAGGACGUCCGUGUACUGCCACAGAGAGAGAGACUGAGUAGCCAAAGGGACAGAUAGAGUGAGAGGGAAGAAGAUCACCCAAGGCCAAUUUGAACGCCUUCAGCUGGUCACUUAGAGCAGCUGCAACCCAGAAGACCAACACUGAAAGGAUCAACUGUGGCUGGUGCUCUCAAGGUGUGAGUGGACAGGAGUGGUGAGGUUUCAUCGCAGCAUGCCACUGGCACAGCAGUAUCACAGGGCCACUGUGCCCAGUGCAGGCUGGAUCCUGGUUUUGGCUCUGUUUCUUGUUCUACAGGUUGCCACUCAUGCUGCUCCAUCAGGAGACAACAAGCUGGUUCGUACCACCAGAGUGAGGAGACAGACCCCAGGGGGGGAUCAACCGGAUUCCUCAGCCAACCAGACCCUCCGGGAGCAACCUGUGGUCUUUAACCACGUCUACAACAUCAAUGUUCCCUUGGAGUCUCUGUGCUCUGUUGACUUGGACGCCUCGGCACCUCCUGCCCCGGGUGAAGGUUCACGUGCUGAGCUGGGGUCUAGACCUCCUGUGGAGGGUCCAAUGGAACCAACUGGACCAACAGAAUACACUGAGCAGACGCUGGAUGCUGACAGCCAGGUCACAUUUACUCACCGCAUCAACAUCCCAAAAGCUGCAUGUGGUUGUGCAGCAGCAACCACAAUCCAGCAGCUCGCCACAAGGGUGGAGAUGCUGGAGAGAGAAGUUUCCCUGCUCAGGGCUCAGUGUGGAUCUGGAUGCUGUGGGGAGAGCUCAGCCAUGGGUCAUUUGGACUUUGUCCCCGGCUGCAGUGGCCAUGGCAGCUUCAGCUUUGACCUCUGUGGCUGCAUCUGCGAGGAAGGCUGGACCGGCAAAAACUGCUCUGAGCCUCGCUGCCCGGAUGACUGCUCCGGCCAGGGGGUCUGUGUUGAAGGGGAGUGUGUGUGCGACCGUGACUUUGGAGGCGACAACUGUUCAGAGCCGCGGUGCCCUUCAGACUGCUCGGGCCGUGGGUUGUGUAUUGACGGGGAGUGUGUGUGCGAGGAGUCCUUCACCGGUGAGGACUGCAUGGUCGGGCGAUGUCUCAACGACUGCUCAGACCAGGGGCUGUGUGUCAACGGGACGUGCCAGUGCCGCCCCGGAUAUGUGGGAGAGGACUGCUCGCUGGUGUACUGUGCUAAUAACUGCAGCAAGAGGGGAGUCUGCAAGGAGGGUUUCUGUGUGUGCCAGGAUGGCUUUGCUGGAGAUGACUGCAACUCUGUGGCACCUGUCGUGAACUUGAUGGUCCGAGGGGUGACUGAUCGAACUAUUGACCUGGAGUGGGAAGGCUCAGUUGUGCUGACAGAUUACUUGUUGACCUACACACCAAGCAGCCCUGGGGGUGUACAACUAGAGAUAAGGAUUCCAGGCAAUACCACCACCUGCACUAUCUCAGGCCUCGAAGCAGGCAUGGAGUACAACAUCAAUGUGUUCGCUGUCAUUAACAACACUAUCAGCAUCCCUGACAGCAUUACUGUUUGGACCUAUCUCUCCAAUCCGGAUGGUUUAGUUUUCAAAUCCAUCACAGAGACGUCAGUGGAGGUCCAGUGGCAACCCUUCUACUAUUCCUUUGAUGGAUGGGAGAUCAACUUCAUCCCCAAGGACAAUGAUGGAGGGAUGACUGCACAGCUGCCCAGCACCAUCACUUCCUUUGUGCAGACUGGUCUGAGACCAGGGGAAGAGUAUACUGUUAACUUGGUGGCGCUCCGAGACCAGGGUCGAAGUCAGCCAGUCACUGCUACUGUCACAACAUUAAUUGAUGGCCCCACUCAGUUGAUCGUGCGGGAUGUGUCAGACACUGUGGCGUUUGUGGAGUGGACACCACCGAAAGCAAAGAUCGAUCAAAUCGUGUUGCGUUAUGGCCUUGUGGGGGGUGAGGGGCCGCGGACCACCUUCCGCCUCCAGCCCACACUCAGCCAGUAUUCCCUGCAGGUUCUGCGUCCUGGUUCGCGUUACGAGGUGUCUGUCAGAGGUGUCAGGAAAGGAAACGAGAGCGGAUCCAUUUCCACAGAAUUUACGACCGAGAUCGACGCCCCCAAGAACUUGCGGCUCGUGUCUAAGACCUCCACCUCCCUCGAACUUGAAUGGGAUAACAGUGAGGCUGAGGUGGAAGGCUACCAGGUGGUGUACAGCACUUUAGCAGGAGAUCAGUAUGAUAAAGUCAUUGUGCCACGAAAUGAAGGAGCCACCACUAAGACCACUCUCACAGACCUGCUGCCAGGCACAGAGUACGGCAUCGGCAUCUCCGCCAUGAAAGGUAGCAACCAGAGUACACCGGCAACAACGAACGCCAGGACUAGUCUGGAUGUGCCCACGGAUUUAACUGUGACAGCCUCCACAGACAACACCAUCACUCUGGUGUGGGGCAUGGUCCAGGGCCCCAUCGACCACUACAAGGUCACCUACACAUCCUCCUCUGGCGUCACUACUGAGCUGACAGUGCCUAAAGAUGUAACCACCACCACCCUGACAGACCUUGACCCCGGGACUGAGUACACCAUCACUGUAGCAGCAAGAAGAGGAAGACAGCAGAGUACUGCAGCUACCAUAGAUGCCUUCACAGGAAUCAGACCCGUAACCCACCUCUACUUGUCAGAGGUGACUUCAGACUCAGUGUCAGUGGCGUGGAGCGCACCAGCACCGCCUGCUGACCUCUUCAUCCUGAGCUACAGCUCUUCUGACGGGACUGACACCUCUAAGGUGACGCUGGACGGCUCCAAGACGAGGUCACUGGUCCAGGGGUUGCUGCCGUCCACUCAUUACACCAUCAGUCUAAUCACAAUUCAGGGGGAUGUUACCUCUGAGCCUAUAACAGCAUCACUCACUACAGGCAUGGACCCACCAAAAGAGAUGACGGUGUCAGAUGUGACCGAGGACGCAGUGACUGUCUCCUGGAUCAAACCACUGGCUCCGUUUGAAUACUAUAAGUUGUCCUACCAGUCAGCCAGAGGUCGUGUGGACAGCGUGGUGAUUGACAGCGAUGUGACCAACUACACCUUGUCCAGUCUGUUUCCUGCUACAGAAUACGAGAUCAGUCUCAACGCUGUCAGAGGGAGUCAGGAGAGCAAAGUGGUCAGCACCUCCUUCUUCACAGCGAUGGACAUGCCAGCUGAGUUGACAGCCCUCAACAUCACUCCACAAGGAGCCCUGUUGAGGUGGAAUCCUCCUCUGUCCAGUGUCGACAACUAUGUGCUGACCCUCACACACAACCAGGUGACAGCUGAUACUUUCCUUGUGGAAGGCAACAAGCAGGAGCACCAGCUAUCCAACCUUAAGCCAAGCACCACCUAUUCUGUAGCCCUCUACGCCACCAAAGGACCCCUCACCAGCGGCACAGUCAUCACCAACCUCCAAACACCUAUGGACGCACCCCUCAACCUGACAGCCAGUGAAGUGAAUCACCGCAGCGCUCUCAUCUCCUGGCAACCGCCAAUCGCAGAAAUUGACAACUAUAUGCUCACCUACAAGUCAAGCGACGGCAGCCGUAAAGAGCUGAUCCUGGAUGCAGAAGACACAUGGAUUCGAUUGGAGGGACUGGCUGAGACCACGGAGUAUACUGUCAAGCUCCAGGCAGCAAGAGGACUUGACACCAGCGCUAUAGUCUCCACUACCUUCACUACAGGGAGCCGUCUAUUUGCAACACCUCAGAAUUGUGCCCAACACCUGCUGAAUGGAGAGACGCUAAGUGGUGUCUACACCAUUUACAUCAACAGAGACCCCAGUCAGGGAGUGCAGGUGUACUGUGACAUGACCACUGAUGAAGGAGGCUGGAUUGUGUUCCAGCGUCGUCAGAACGGCCUGACAGACUUUUCCAGGAAGUGGAGUGACUAUCGGGUUGGCUUUGGAAACUUGGAGGAUGAGUUCUGGCUCGGUCUAGACCACAUCCAGAGGAUUGCUUCUCAGGGCCGGUAUGAGCUGAGGAUUGACAUGAGGGAUGGACAGGAGUCAGUCUAUGCCAAUUAUGACAAAUUCUCCAUCGGAGACGCGAGAAACCUCUACAAGCUCAGGAUAGGAGAGUACAAUGGAACCGCUGGUGACUCUCUGAGCUACCACCAGGGCCGGCCCUUCUCUACAAAAGACAGAGACAAUGACAUAGCUGUCACUAACUGUGCCUUGUCUUACAAAGGAGCCUGGUGGUACAAGAACUGCCACCGGGCCAACCUCAACGGAAAAUACGGCGAAUCCAGACACAGUCAGGGUAUCAACUGGUACCACUGGAAAGGCCAUGAGUUCUCUAUUCCCUUUGUGGAGAUGAAGAUGAGGCCAUUCAACUUCCGAAGCAUCAGCAGCAAGAGGAGGCGGUCUGCCCCUGUAUAAACAAACCGCCCCAGAGUCAUGGAUAAAUGGAGUUCGGACGAUGUUUAGUAACGAGUUUUUGCUAUCUGUGUGCCUCACUGACAGCACACGCAUGUUGUAAUGUAACAGUGCCAAGGCUCUUUAGUGAGGCUGCAAAGAAGAAAGUGGUUAUGACAAAAAGCUUUUCAUAUUUGAUCAAUAUUCAUUUGUAAAAUAAUUCAACCCAUUAUUAAUAUACUACCAACAAUCAGAAGCUGUUAUAACCAUGGAUGUGAUCAUAGAAGCACUACAAUAGCAGCAAAGGUGAAACAGUAUCCGAACUCUGUUUAUCUUUACUCCUGCCCAGCUUUAGCUGUCUUUCCCUGCUGUACUUCUACCCAGAUGAUAGAAGAUACUGUAUGUAAUUUAUUAAAUACUUUGAAUGACAAUGGUUUUAUUUGCUGUAAAAAUGGAAAGGCAAACCAAGAAGUUUUUUUUCUUUUAAGUCUGGGAUUUGCCAUUCCCUGGGGUGUGAGGAAAUGUGCUCAGAAAUGUCCUCAAGAGUGCUAGAUCUGGCAUUAUUUUAACCUUUACGAAAUAACAACACUUUUAACGAAAAAUAUACUGUAUAUGCCCUUAAAACCCGUAACUGUAAAAUAUAUAUAUUUUUAUAACUGAUAUUGUGACAAAAGUCCAUCUAUUUAAUAUGAUUUGAUGCCUUGGUUUUUUAGCCUAUAUUAAGUUAAUGUAAUCAUACAACAUGAUGACAAAUACUGGAUAUGAGGUAUGAAAUUAACAUCAAAAAGUGCAACUGAACAUUCAGAAUCAUCACUCACAAAGCAGUGCACCAGCAACAGCUUCAUUGCCAUCUAUCUUAUUUAUUUUACAUCUCUGUUUUACUGUUAAUUACCAUUUCCUGUGUUUAUUAUUAAAGCAGACUGAAAAUAAACAUUAAUAUUUAAGUUUAUUGUUAUUGGUAGCCACACUGAGACAGUAUUUGCACUACGAGUGGGAACACAGCAAAGCUAUUGUUCAUUCAUUUCAGUUUAAUUCUUUAGUUGUUCAUGGGCAUUUAAUAUUACUUUCAAGCAAAUUACACUUAACACUUAAUAUCUAUUUCACCCCUGUUGUAGAUGCUGUGAUUGCUUGCAGAGAUGGUGCUAAUAGACGUAACUUUUAACCAAAGAUCUGCAGAAAGACUCAGCCGGCUAUUUGGAAAGAUGCCAGUCAAUUAUGUCACCACUGAAGCAGCUUUUUUCUCUGUUAAUAGAGUCUCACUUUUCAAGGACUUUUAUGGUAAUCAUG